UAUCUAAGCCUUUCUCAACCUAUGGUUCCCAGAUAUUGUUGAAUUGUGAUUCCCAUCAACUCUAGCGAGCAGAGGGAUGAUGGGAAUUAUAGUCCCAACAGCUGGGGACCCUACUUCAGCAACCUUCAAUUUUUUAUUUUUGUUCUCUAGACCAAAUGAUAGUGAAGAAGUUGCAUAUAGUGAAGAUGAUACCACAGUUCUAGAGACAGCUCAAGUAGAAAUAGGACUCAGAUACGAUACAAGCAGCUCAAGUUUUGUGAUCAUUGUAGGAUGCUUAAAAAAUCUUCAUGCCCUUUCUACAUCCCCUGGCUUCAAAGUGUAUUUUAGAAUUGCAGUUCUCCCAUCUUCAGCUGAUAUCAGCUGUCUAUUUCGCACAAAAGUCCAUUCUGUUGCUGAAAACCUUUUAUUUAGUGAAAUGUUCAGAGUAGCUAUUUCCCAGUCAUCUUUGCAUCAGAAGACUUUGAGAGUGGAUGUUUGCUCUGUCAGUAAAACUCAUCGGGAAGAAUGCCUAGCUGGAACUCAGAUAAGCUUGGCAGACAUGAUGUUUUCAAAUGAGACAUCUACUGUGUGGUAUAACUUGUUGGCUUGCAAGCAGAUUCCUGGCAGAAAGAAUAAAGAACAAAAAGAGGAUCCUAUAUUUGUACCAAACAAUCAACCUUCUGGCUCUCUGGACUUGGAUGCUGUGUCAGCCUUGCUGGAAAGGACAUCAGCAGAGCUUCAAGCAGUAGAGCAAGAGCUGGCAGAGGAAGAGGAAGAGGAAGAGAAGGAUGUACAGGAGCCACAGAAUCCUGAAGAAGAUUGGCUAGGAAUACUGGCAGAGGCAGAAGCAUCUGAUGUGAUCUUGACAGAAGAAGAGGAUGAUGCUGACGGAGCAAAGGAAGGUGGCAAAGGAGAAGUCAAUCAGUUCUGCUCUGCAUUGGUAGAGGCAGAUAAAAUUAAGGAUGGGGAAGACCGCAACUGUACUGAUCUGUGUCACAAUGAGCAAAUACCACCAUUGCCCACGCUGGUUGAUAAGGAAACUAACACGGAAAAUAGGAAGACUGAGAACGUAGCUGUAAGACCCAAGGAAAGACCCAGCCUGAAGUCUCAACAGAAUCCCUUUGUCAGAAACAGCAUGAUAGUGCGCUCACAAACCUUCUCUCCAGGAGAGCGGAACCAGUACAUCUGUAGGUUGAAUAGAAGUGACAGUGAUAGCUCGACGUUGGCCAAAAAGUCUCUCUUUGUGAGAAAUGCCACAGAACGGCGGAGCUUGAGAGUUAAAAGGCCAGCCUGCCAGCCUGCCAUGAGAAGAGCAACACAAGAGCACCCUGUCCGCACCUCUCUUGACUUGGAGCUUGAUCUUCAGGCUUCUCGGACACGACAGAGUCGCCUUAAUGAUGAACUGCAGACACUUCGUGAUCUGAAGCAGAAGCUUGAGCAGAUGAAAGCAAGAGGGGAAAGAGAUCUUCCUCCAUGUGUGUUGGAGGAUGAAAGAUUCCAAAAGCUCUUGAAACAAGCUGAAAAACAGGCUGAACAAUCAACAGAGGAAAAGAAACGGGGCUUAAGUGCAGAAAAAUUGAUGAGGAAAGCUUCAAAGGAUGUGUGCCGGUUGCGAGAACAGAGCCAGAAAGUGCCGCUCCAGGUGCAGUCAUUCAGGGAGAAGAUUGCAUACUUUACAAGAGCAAAGAUCAGCAUACCCUCUCUGCCAGCUGAUGAUGUCUAACUGUAUUUUCCACAAGAUGUUCUCUAAUUGUUUAUUUUUUUAAGAUGACAGUUUCUGUAGUAGAGUUCCAUGAUUUUAAAAUCUUCUAUUUUACACCCACCUUCAGAUAUUAUUUGUAAAAAUAUAGCAUACAGUACAUUAUGCUCUGGUAUUUAAUUUUGUUUGUUUGUUUUUUAAAGGCUAGAAAAAGCCCUCUCUUCCCUGCCCAGAUCUCCCACAUCAGAAAACCAAAGUAGAAUACUUCCAGAAUACUGAUGGUAAUUUUGUACAGGUUGUAUGUAUUACAUGUGUGCUACUAUUUUGUAAAGAUGGAUCUAAGGAACAAAGGCAGAAACUGGUGUCUAUAUCCUGUUUGAACUGCACUGUGUUGAAAAAUAUUACGUUCAACAGGAGGUUUUGUUUCACUUUUUUCACAAGGGCAGACUGUGAAGAUGGCUAUUAGGCCAUGCAAUAUUUUUGUACAAAGUGCGAUUUUUUUCUUUUCUUUUUCUUUUUUAGCUAACAACAGAAACAAUUCUCUUUCAAAACAGCAAGGCUGCCUCAUGCAAACAGGUGCUGUUUAGAUUUCUAUCAACUACAUUGGAACUUUCACCUCUGAAUCCAUUUUCCUUUUUAUCUCUUUGGUAUGAAGGAAGAGGCAUGGGAUACUGAAUUGCAGGAGCUGAAUUUCAUGAAUGUACUGGACUUUAAGCUCUAUUGGGAUUUACAGGUCUUCUUGCAUCUGAAAAUUGGGAGAGGUAAUAUAGGGCAAGAUUGUAACCAUGAAAUGUAUUUAAACUGAAACUACCCAAAGGGCAGCUUUUUUUUCUAAAACUGGGCUCAGGUGCACACAAGAAAUAUUUAAACCUGAGUUAUCAAAUACUGAAAGGUAAUGCUAACAAUUAAACAUAACAUUGUAUGUCUAGUACCAUAGGUAGUCCAUAGAGCCCGAAGAGAGCUGUGCAAUUUUCUUAGUGGUUCUUAGGAAAUUCAUUGAACUAAGCACCAAAUAUAUAUUAUGGUUGGUAUAGAAAUUCCUUUUAAGAAAACCCCAUGAUAUGGAGCACUUAAAAUGAUGUAUUAGUAGGAUAAAGUUUAAAUACACCACAUAGGCUGAUUCCUAAAUUAAUUGUGGCACAAUAAGGAAUAAGCAUGAUCUAGGUGUCUAUAGUAGGAACUUAGCUUGUUUGAACAGGAAUUUCUGUUGAUAAAAGGUAAAAGACGAUAUGAAUGUGUUUGUCAGAAUUUGAAUUUGAAACAAAAUGUUCUGGUCACUCCUCAAAACAGUUUGUAUUUGCAGAUAUGCAUAUAUGUGCAUAUGUAGCAUGCUUACUCCCAGUAGUCCUUCUAAGUGUGAUCUAGCAGCAAGUGGUUGAUGAGGUUGAGGUCUGCACCCUUUGUAGACAGAGAGUUCAUCAGAUGGUCUGCCAUUAGCAUGGCUGCUGCAGAAGGAACUGAGCAGCCCAGAAAAAGGCAUGCGACUGCUAAGAAGGACUGGGAUUCUUAGCAGUGAUGAGCAACACUUACUAAAUUAAGGCUGCACACUUAGUCAGGUAUAAAUUCUACUGAACUCAAAAGGACUUCCGAGUAUACAUUUAUAGGGUCAGCCUGUAAGUUCCAUAAAUACUGCUUACAGAUAAUGGAAUCUCAGUUAAAGGUGUGCAAGUUGGUUGAAUGGUUCUAAAGCCCUUUGAUGAGCACACUUUCUUCUUAUGUAUGUCAUACAUACAUGCAAACAUAUACUAUAUAUGAAAUCCAUCAAGGAAAAAAAGGGCUUGAGCUGUUUCAGCACUGUCUAUUUUGCAACACAUUGUAUAUAAAGGUGUUGUAUUUUCCCAAAAUCUAAUAGUCUUGCUGAAAGAUUAGGACAACAUAACUGCAAUGUGUUUGUUGACAUCUCUAGAAUCACUGGUGAAAAUAUAUUGUGCCUUAAUUUAUGUUUAUAAAUCUCCCCAAGUGUUCUCUUAUUAUCCAGAGGUCUGUGUAAUUAUACAGAUUCUGUAUACAUCACUUCACAACUGGAACUAGUCGGUAAACUAACUCUGCCUGAUACUUCGUGGAUGGCCCUUUUUGUUUUAUCUAUGUUUUAGAAGUAAUAUAAACACAUACAUGCCAUUCAUUCUGCUGAGGUCAAUCUCUAAAAACUAAAGUUUCAAAAUUAUUUAAUAUAGUAAUGAAGGUUGACUGUUUCAGCUUCUCAAUUUGAAAAUAUGUUUGUAGAAUGAUGUAUAGAAUUGUAUCUUGUGAUUUAUUUAUUUUCAGUCUUAUUUAUGUACUGCUUAAUAUAGUUCAGUUCUGGCCAUUUAAAAUUUGCGGGUUAAAAAAAAACUACUGUGAGAAAUGUGUACAGCUUUCUAGUUUUGUAUCGGCCAAGCUGUUUACACACACACACACACACACACACACACACACUAAAUGAAUUUCAGAGGAAACCAAAAAGGAUUCUCUCUAAUUAUACUGGCAGGAAAAUUUAGCUGGCUUUUGUAAAUGUUGCUCAUUUAUAAAAUAAGAGAGAUCUUCCAUGCAUUAAUACAUUCUCUCCCAUCCUAAGAUCAUGGUAAUACCAACUUAUUUUUAGGAAUACAUUUUGAACAGUUCUGGGUUUUUUAUACUAACCUAGUUUAUUUACAGCAAUGAAGCAACAUGCAGUGAUAGAACAACUUUGAAAAUUAAAUCAAACGCCAUACUAUGCAGACAUCACUUUUCUAGUAAGGGUUACCCUUAACAGGAUAGAACAAAUAAUUUUUAUACUCCCAUUAUCAAUAUGUUAGUACAGUUCUUUAUAGUACAUUCUAAGUAUUGCUGGUAUAAGAUAAUAUUACUGGUUAGCCAAAUGAACAAGGAUAGCAAAUCAAUAUAGAAUGAAAAUCAAAUUUCAACUUUUUACCUUAAUGUUACAUUUAAGUAUAAAAUGCUCAGGACUGAACUAAAUAUUUAAUCAGGUUAUAUCAUGAAUGUCUUUCUGUCCUAAUAUUGUCUAUAAAUGUACACAUGUACAUCAUCUAGAUUAACUUUUUU